AUGGCAUAAUCAUUUGCAAUCUUAUAAAAUUCGUUCAAACAUUUCGGAGAAGGACAUUACAAAGAAUCUAUGGAGGAAUUGCAGAAAUUUAAACAGCUUAAAGAGCAGUCGGAUCAAAAUCAAUCUAUGGUGCAAAUUAAUGAAAAUAUCAUACUUUGUGAAUACAAUAUAACUAGGGAUGCCAAUGUCUGUAUUUAAAAAUUAGAUGAAAUCAUCGAUGAAAUUAGAAAACCCUAAACAUAAAAAAGUAAUAAUUAAAGCCAGUUUAUCAUUUUAGAAAAGAAACAAGAUGAUGAUAGCAUUUUGCAAUACAAUAAAGCAAUCAUGCUAUUUUUGAGUGGGAAGAUUAGACAAGCUCAUAACCUCUUGAAAUAGUUGAAAGACAAUUACAACCUUGACAUUUACUUGAACAUUAAAGUAAAUCUACUUCUAGUGGAAACCUCAUUUCAAUUACAAGAAUAUGUUUAUGCAAGUGAAUUGUACAAAAAGUUAUCCUCUGACGAAACUUUAAAAUCACUGUAACAAAAACAAACCAAACCUAAUCAGAUUGAUGAUUAACAAUAAUAGCAAUCCUAAUAAAACUAUACAUCGCUUUUAAUUGGGUCAGAUUUGCCUUAUCCAGAUUCACACCCCAAUACAUUUAGCAAAGAGGAAUUCCUUUUUCUCCUAAAUGUUAUUAAGUGUCGUUUUUACAUGUUGUCGAACACAAAAGAUUAGAAAAAAUAAUUAAACCCUCUAGAAUAAUCGUUUAAAAACUAUAUGACCUAAUUGGAUUCAUCAAAUGGAAUAUCAUAAAACUCACUGCCAUCCUUUUCACAAGACAUACAACCAUAUUUGAAAUUACAUGCCCAAAUGAUUCUUAAAUUGAUGAAAGCUUAAAGGCAUUUAACACUGAAUGAGAAUGUGCAUAAGUGCCUUAAAAUGAUGACUCCAUAACCUGAAAUUUAAAACCAACAAAAUGCAGAAUUCGCUCAAUCCAAACAAUUCCUUUAUUUGGCUUAAAUUUUUAAUAACCUAGGGUGUGUUCAUGCCAAAAUGGGCAAAUAUGCACUCGCUGCUGUUUAUUUUCAUAAAGCUAUAUCAUAAACCAAAUUAGUCUAAUAACAGUAAAAUCUAUAUGAAGGGAUCAUUAUGAAUAAUGUGAAGCAAAGAUUAUAUGCCAUGUAUUAAAAUCUAGCAGAUGCUUUGUUUAUGGAUCAGUAAUACUAAAAGGCCCUCAACGUUUAUAAUCAACUGUAGGAUUUGUGCAAUCAGAGCGCUAAGUUUUGGUACAAUAGAGGAGUUUGUUACAUUCAAAUUUACCAUGAAUCUAUGCCUGACAAGAAUGAAAUAUACGAAAUUUCAGAAGAUCAGUCUUAAUUAAAUACUCAAGAUGAAGGCAAGAAGAUCAUUCUUCCAAGUAGAGAAAUUUAUAGUGAUGCCGAUGAGGAAGUGUAGGAUUAGUUUUACAAAAUUGAUUAGAAGAAUGAAGAUAACAAAUUUGUUUAAUCUAAGGCGAAUAAGGAAUUACUAAACAAUGCCAUAAAAUCUUUUCGUAAUGCAAUAAUCUUAUCCAAAAAAGAAAAAAGAGAGGAAAUCAUUCAUUUAGAUCAAGAAUAAUUGUCAAUCUAAGGGUCUUAAAUUUUUGAGUCCUCUAUUGUAUUUUUAACUUAUUCUUUGCUGUGCAGAGGAGAUUACAACUUAGCAUUAUCUCAAGGUAAGGAAGCCUUAGAAUACAAUCUUUCAGAUAAUAAUAAAUACAUUAUUAUUCAAUAUGUUUUGGAAGCAUACAUAUAAAUAUCAAAGCUGAAGGAUGCCAUUAAUUUUAUCAACAGCAGCAGUGUCUCUUAAUUUUUAAAUAGAAUUAAUAAUAAUAAUAAUACCAAUUUAUAAUUUUAAUGUAGAAACAUAGUAGGAAUUCAGACAACUUGUAUUUCAAAUUAUAACUCUAAAGCUAUUUAUCAUUUUAAUUUGUCAGCUCUUCAUCUCCACAACAAUAAUUUGACUUAGGCUUGGAAUUCAAUUCAAUCUAUAAUGAAUUGCUGUGAUAUCAAUAUAAAUGCAAUUAAUUUAGCUAUUCCAGUUCCAAUUUUAAAUUUAUUAAUAUGGUAUUACUUGAAAUCAGAUAAUGUUUAACUUGCAAUCCAUUUAAUCAAGAGAAGAAGACUAAUAACAGGAUAGAUAGGAAAAAAUAAAAUAUCUCUGUUAAAUAUUACAAAAUGA